GGCGUAUUUCUUUCUGGAGGCGAGAAUCUGACAUUUGAUCAGCGGUGCUCUUCGAACCUGAACAGGCUGAACUUAUCCCGCGCGAACGCAAGUCUCAGGGUGAUCGUUCCGUUCACAACUACAUUCGGGUCAUGUCACAAGUUGGAAGUCUCACCCGUCGGAUGAGUAUAAGAAGACAGCCAGUUCUGUGUCUUUAGUUGUUCAACAGUCAUCAUGAAGUUCACCCUCCUCUUGGCCCACCUGAGCAUCGCAGUCGUAUCUAUCAGAGCACAAGACUCUUCAAGUGACGCGACCUCUGUGACAUCGUCGGACGCUUCCACGUCUACUUCUGCCGCUUCUAGUUUGUCUAGCUGUGCGCUUGCCUGUAUUACGCAGGCUAGCAGUGCAAAUGGCUGCAGUGGCAUAACCGAUUUGACCUGCCUUUGCACCAACGCUCAAUUCCAGGAAGACUCUGCUGAGUGUUUGACCAAUCAAUGCCCUUCAGAUCUUGAAGAUGCACUGGCCCUCCAGAGCGAAGAAUGUGGUGCUUUGAGCCUCUCUGCCACCGGUACCGCCACCACCGGCUCGUUCUCCGCCACUGGUAUCAACACUUCCAGUGUCACUACCACUACUUCGCAAGCUAGUAGCACUUCAGCCUCUGGUUCGAGCGUUUCUGCCGCCAGUUCAGGAUCCAGUUCAGGAUCCAGUUCCGGCUCUGCCACAUCUUCGCACUCCAGCGGCAGUGGCUCAUCUUCGACCUCGUCCUCCACUGCCUCUACUUCUGCCACCAGUAGUAGCUCAAGUGGGGCCGAUAAAAUUGCAUUCUUCAGCACCGCAGGAGUAAUGGCUCUUGGUGUUGUGGCUUUCGGAUUUGGCCUUGGUAACGGCUUGAUAUAAAAGCACAUGCGACUGACGAGCGAUAUGCAAUCAGCACAAUAUCUCGGAGUUGGAUUUUUGUUGCAAGAAUAUGUAUCCGGUUUAGUAACACGUUAACGUUGUGUCUACAGUAUCGCGAACCUUGUACCAAACAGGGUAAUUGUGCAUACAACACAAACUAAUUCCCUAAUUCAGACUGAAGGAGAAUUAUCGACCUUGUACUCGUUCAUAUAUAGUUCCUAUAAGAGUCGACCACAGCUCUAAUACCCUCCUCGUUCACUCAAAUCACCUUGCACGCGCCUGGACGCACACUAAGUCGACGCACAUUCUUUCCUACAUUUAUCUCAGC